AUGUCACCUGUACUUCCUUCACAAGAUUUUGAGCAGCGGCAUCAUCCCUUCCCAGCGCAAUGUUUGCAGGGCGGGGUACGAGCGAACAAACGUCGGUACUAUGCUAGACUUGGUGCCAAGUCGAAACCCUGUUAUCGCUGUGGUAAAGGCAACCACCAUUCCGACAAGUGCAGAUUCAAGAACAAUACUUGUUUCAACUGCCAGAAACGAGGACAUAUCGCGAGUGUCUGUAUCAGUGGUAAAGGUGGAAAAACACCACAUGUCAAGCAAAUGAGUUCCGCUGUGGACAGUAAUUUCACUGAAAGCGAUGAGAAUGCGUCUGAUGUUGACAUGAUCACACCCGUGUACUCGCUCUUCGGAUGUUCCACUGACCGCCAGGGCAUGAAGGCAAUCAAAGUCACCAUGUCCGUUGACAACAACGACCUCGUCAUGAAGGUUGACACCGGAGCAGCGCUUUCGCUUGUAUCAGAACAGACAUUUAAGUCACGGUGGCCAAACGCGAACCUGCAGAAGACAAAACUCAAACUCCGCACCUACAUCGGGGAACAAGUUUCAGUUCUCGGAAACUUCAAUGUGGAAGUUGACUACAACGCAAGGAUGUUCAACCUUCCGCUACUCGUUGUUAAAGGCGAUGGACCAAACCUUCUUGGACGAAACUGGCUUCAAACUGGCAGCAAAUCAACAUUCUGCACGCGACUACUAGUGUUGAGGAAGUACUCAAAACUCAUUCUGCAGUAUUUAAGGAUGAGUUGGGUACCUUGAAGGGAACAUCCGCCAAGAUCUAUUCGACAAGGACGUCAGACCACGAUUCUGCAAAGCACGC